UUUGGAUAAUAAAUAAUUGAAAUGAAUGAGCUUAGUUUUGACACAAUGACAAGCAAUAACCUCUUUAGAAGUCUUUACAGAGGAGUUUUUGUGUAUGGGGUAAUACAGGCUUAUAAGAGAUUCAAUGUUUCAAGAGCAGCAAAAGCAGCUUUUAUGCAUAUUGAGAAGGAGUUUUGGAAAUCAAGCAAUACCUUUAUUUCGAUCAAGCCAAGAACGAGAUAUUUUGGAUGAGCUAUUUUUGGAUCAAUAGCUUGAUAUCUGAUGAAAGAGUCAUAUUUCAGUUUCUUUGAGCUAAAGAAUCCUUCACAUCUGUGGCAUAAUAUAGCAAUGUCUUCUAUAAUUUCUACAGUUUUGGGAGGCUUGACCUUAUCAUUUUCUCCAAAAUUCUUGAUUCUCGCAUCAAUAUUCGGAUGUAUUUUUGGAGUAACUUACACGUUAGCCUUCAAACUGCUUGUUAAGAGAAAGUUUGGAGACAUCUUAAAAACUGAGAAAUUCAGUGACAAAGACUUUGACAUCUCUCAGUUAAAGCCCUAAGGGGGUGUCCAUAUAUAUUUACAGUUGAAUUAAUUCAAUAUUUA